UUUAUGUCUGUUUCUUGUAUGAGCCCAACGUCCUCAACAGCGUCAACUACCAGUCAUCACCAUGUGUUGGUCACACACGAUGAUAUAUUAGCCAAACUCGAUGAGGAGGGAGCUGCUUAUGAUACCACUGAGAAUUCUGAUUCUCUCGAUCUUAAAUGCAUGGUAUACGACCUCAACACCGAUGCCUCUCCCUUCCAUACAGUACUUGUAUGCCUAGCGGCCUCCAAGAGGGUUAACGAAAGCGCUGUCUUGGCCCGACUGGGCCUCUGGUCCGCCCCUAAAAGUACAUUAACCAUGUCCACUGACUGCGAGGCUAGUGUUGGCCAAUGUCCUGGUAGUAUCGGUCCACUGUACCUCCCUGAUAGUGAGGGAGUCGUUUGUUUGAUCACAUCUGAAGUAGUGGCUUCACACAUCCCUAUACGGGUCUCCGCUGGACACCAGGAGUAUGUCUAUCUAGAGGAACCUUCAGCGCUGCUUCAUCUCGUUGAUGCCAGUGAAGUGCUUUUACUCGACGUAGAUGCUUGGCUAGACUUGACGCUGCAAGAGGAUCUGGUUCUAUUUACCUCGAAUGACGAUCCUAUAGAAGUAGUCUGUACUCAGCAGCAGCUCGAGCCGCUUGUUGCCCUGUGGUCUGCGGGGAUGACGAUAGUCAGUAUUGAUUCUGAGAGGGAACCGAAGACUCAGGCGAUAUCACUCAUCCAAGUGUCACUAUAUGGACCUCACCGUUUACGCAGGGACUUCAUAAUAGAUGUGCAGUUGUUUGAUGAUAAGGAGUACCUCGGAAGGGAAUUAGCGGAGCUCUUUGUGUCUUUCAACUCCUUGAAGAUACUACACUCUGCAACUAACGAUCUACGACACUUUGAGAAAAAUUUCGAAGCAUGCGAGUGCAUCAGAGAGCGCGUAAACAACUUGUUGGACACCCAAAUACUGGGAAGUCGUCUCGGGCAGACGAAAUUGGGAUUGGCGAAAUUGGCUGAAGAGUAA